AUGAGUGUCCUGACCCCACCCAGACUCUUGGACCUGGCUGGAAUGCACCUGCUCAGGGAAGAUGCUUUGGUCUGUUCUGCUCUGGAGUUUCUGCCCACAGAGCUCUUCCCACCCCUCUUCAUGGACGCCUUCCAUGGGAGACACAUCAAGACCCUAAAGGCCAUGGUGCAAGCCUGGCCCUUUGUCUGCCUGCCUCUGGGGGGCCUCAUUGACCUGCCUCAUGUGGGGCCCCUACAAGCAGUGCUGGAAGCACUUGAUGUCCUACUUGCCCAGAAGGUUCGGUUCAGGAGGUGCAAACUGCGGGUGCUAGAUUUGUGGAAUACUGGCCAGAGCUUCUGGAGCAUGUGGUCUGGAGCCAGCACCCAUGGGUUCUCAAGCUUAGGAAGGGCACCAGUGGCUGAGCAGAGCUCAAGGACCCACCAGCCCUUGGCUCCCCUGAAGAUAUACAUAGAGCUUUGCCUGAAGAAAAGGACAUUGGAUAACUUCCUCACCUACCUCCUCAGGUGGAUGGAGCAGAGAAAAGCUUCUGUACACCUCUGCUGUAAGAAGCUGACCAUCUUUGCAAUGCCCGUGGAAAAUAUCACGAAGGUCCUGAAUAUGGUGCAGCUGGACUGUGUCCAGGAGUUGCAAGUGAAUUGGAUUUGGCAUCUGUCCACCCUGGCCAAGUUUGCUCCUCUCCUGGGUCAGAUGAGCAACAUGCAGAGACUCCAUCUCUCCUGCAUUCACAUGUCUGCCCACGAGGAGCAGGAGCAGCAGGAACAGCAAGUUGUCCAAUUUACCUCUCAGUUUCUCAAGCUGCACCAUCUCCAGGAUCUCUAUCUAGACUCUCCCUCCUUCCUUGAAGGCUGCCUGGACCAGAUGCUCAGAUUUCUGAGGACCCCCUUGGAUCACCUGGCAAUAACUAACUGCCAGCUUACCGAAUCAGACCUGACCCAUCUGUCCCAGUGCCCGAACAUCCAUCAGCUCAAAGGCCUGGAUCUGAGUGGGGUCACCAUGACUGACUUUAGUCCUGAGAUCCUCCACAUUCUUCUGGAGCAAGUUGCAGCCACCUUCCAGGAACUGAACUUAGAGCAAUGUGGGAUCACAGAGUCCCAACUUGAGUCCAUCCUGCCUGUUCUGAGCUGCUGUUCCCAGCUCAUGACCUUCAGUUUGUGUGGUAAUGUCCUCUCUAUGGCCAUCAUGGAGAAGCUGCUGAGUCACACCACUGGGCUGAUCAACUUAAGUGAGGAGUUUUACCCUGCCCCUCAGGAGAGUUACAGCCCUCAUGGAGCCCUCCACCUGGGCCGACUGGCCCAACUUCGGGAUAAACUCAUUGAGAUUAUGCGGGAUUUAGGACAUCCAAGUGCCAUCUGGCUUAGCUCCAUCCCAUGUCCUUGCUGGGGCAAUAAGACAUUCUCUCCUGAGGAUCUCUUUCUGUGCCACUGUUACAUGUCUGCCUAG